AUGUUUCCCCAGCUCGAAUCCUUGUCCAACCGUAUAGCGGGCCAAAGCCCAUACUACAUUCUAGCAAUUGUAUGUUCGGCCAUGGUCCUUGACCUAGCCAACCUAAGCGCCAUCACAAUUGCUCUUCCUACAGUUCAGAAAAACUUUGAUGUCGAAGUGGGCAAUCUCCAAUGGGCAAUAUCGGCGUAUGCCCUGACAUUUGGCGGCUUCUUGCUCCUUGGUGGUCGAGCUGGAGACAUGUUCGGCCAUCGCAAAGUCCUGCUUUUUGGCAUGACUUUUUUUGCCGUGUUUACAUUGGUCUGCGCCCUUGCACCGACGUUCAUUAGCCUUAUCGUGGCCAGGGCUUUCCAAGGUAUCGGUGCGGCAUCUACCAUCCCACCAGCUCAAGCACAUAUUGCUUUGUGCUUCCCCCAGCCUGCCCAGAAAGCAAAGGCCGUCGGAAUCUGGGGUGCAGCAGGUUCUUUGGGAUUCAUUAUUGGCCUUAUCCUCGGUGGCGUGUUGACGGCUCUUCUCACCUGGCGUUGGAUAUUCUGGAUUUCUUUGAUCCUGUCUGCGAUUCUGCUACCGCUGGCGUACCUCAUUCUUCCUCAUGCCCGUCUACCUCAAUCAGCCACUCCUCCUCCUUCUGCCGAAGUGGACACUGCCACUGAGGUUCCGCCCAAGAAGGAGUUCUUGAUCUCUUUACGGGAGCGGCUGGUUCGCUUUGACACCAUUGGAAUAUCCCUCGGAGUCCCUGGAAUCCUGUUACUUACAUACGCGCUCACUUCUGCGAAUACAGACGGAUGGGGUUCGGCCCAAAUCAUCGCUACGCUCAUUGUGUCCGUUGUACUACUCGCUAUCUUCGUCUUCCACGAACGCUCCGCACCGCAAGCUAUCCUUCCUCCGCACUUGUUCCGGAGCCUCUCUUUCAACAUGACCCUAAUUUUGGCAGUGAACAUUUACGCCGUACGUCAAGCCUGCACAUAUUUUUUGACAGUGCAACUUCAGUCCUACGGAAACAGUGCGAUCCAUACCUCAGUUCUCUUCUUACCGCAAGGUAUUAGCGCUUUGAUUUUCAAUACCCUUUCAGGCUACCUAGUGCCAUUUCUCGGUGCCAGAGCCAUGUUUAUCUUGGGCUGGGGCCUUUCGAUACUGGGUUCGCUUCUGUUCGCCUUUGUAGACAAAGAUACCUCAUACUGGCGCUUCACCUUCCCCGGAAUGAUCCUUUAUAUCGCGGGCAUGGUCGCCGUGUACAACACUGCCAACUACGUGGUUGUCUCUUCCGCUUCCAAGAAAGACCAAGGAGCCGCAGCAGGUGUUUUCAACGUGGCACUCCAAGUUGGAGGUUCUGUUCUUGGCCUUGCGGUCCUCACAGCCAUUUCCGAAGGCAUGGAGAAGAGGUAUGGUGACAACAGCUUGCCAUCUGGGACGCUCGGCGUUGUGGGAUAUCAGAGCGUGUAUUACAGCUGCGUGGUACUUUGCGCACUUGGCUUUUUGCUAAGUUUUUUGGUUGUCAAGGUGCCUGGGGGUAUGGAAGGGAGUAUUUGGCAGAAGAAGGAUUCCGUGGAAGCCCAGACUUCUUCGGUAGACUCUUCUUCCAAUGAGCUUCAAGAUUUACAAUAA